GUCGACACCAAAUGAUGACAGACGGCGAUGUCUGGAUGUUAUUCGGACCGCAUAUAUGCGGAAAAGGGGAUUUUUUUCCCAUCAUUUUUUGCACCAUCGGGAUCGAUUCAACCCGUAUACUUUUUGUGAAUUAAACGUAGUCCAGAACAAAACUAGCAAACAAUGGCCACUGACGAAGGCAACGAAACCAACCAUGCACGCCGGCGAAGGCACAAGCCCAUGAACAUGAAAGUCUCGCGCCCGGUUUACACGGAGCAGGCAUUCCAGGAAGGUUACGAGCAGAUGGACUUGGACCAGUCCUUCUCUGCCCGGCUACGGAAGUUUGUAAGCCGGCAGCGAUGCACCCUGCAGGGAGUCAAGAGGUGCCUGAUUGGUCGGUUUCCCAUCCUGAAGUGGCUGCCGGCCUAUGAGGUUCGCCGUAACUUGCUGAGCGACGUCAUCUGUGGUUUGACUGUGGGAACACUCAGGAUUCCCCAAGCUAUGGCCUAUGCCCUCCUGGCCUCGUUGCCGCCUGUCUACGGUCUGUAUGUGGCUUUCUUCGCGGUGAUAAUUUACAGCAUUAUGGGAACGUCACACCACAUAUCCGCCGGAACAUUUGCUGUGGUGUGUAUCAUGACGGGCAAUGCAGUGGACCGGGUACUGAGCGACCCAAGCAAUGCUGCAUCAUCAGCUAUUGAGCAGACAGACGAGGACAGUGACCUACAGAGGGUCUAUGUGGCGUCAGCGUUAGCUGUGGCAGUAGGGAUUGUCCAGCUCCUUAUGGCCUUAUUCAGGCUGGGCUUUGUCACCAUCUACCUGUCGGAGCCACUAGUCCGAGGUUUCACCACCGGUGCUGCGGUCCACGUCUUCACCAGUCAGUUCAGACACUUGUUUGGGGUCAGUGUCAAAAGGUCGACUGGCUUUUUCUCCCUGGUUAAGAGUUACGUAGCAUUCUUCAGUAAUCUGUCGCAGGCCAACGUAACUGCCAUCAUUACAUCAGCCAUCACCAUCACAUUCUUGGUGACGGUCAGCACAAUACAGGACUUCAUCCAACACCGCGGGACACACAGGGUGGUAGACGGGGUGAGACAACAGGUGCGGGAACCCAGGAAGAAGAUCCCCAUCCCCUCAGAGCUUGUUGUGAUUAUCCUAGGGACGGCCAUCUCAUCUGCUGCACAUUUUGCUGAUAACUACGGCGUGGCCGUGGUGGGAGACAUCCCGACGGGCAUCCCUCCCCCUAGGCUGCCUCAGCUCAGCUACCUGAGUUCUGUCAUUACUGAUGCCAUUGCCAUUGCCAUAGUGGGCUAUGCCGUGUCAAUCUCCCUGGCCAAGAUGUUUGCCAAGAAACACAAAUACGAAGUGGACCCAAACCAGGAACUACUUGCCUUUGGAACGUGCCAGAUCUUCUCGUCGUUCUUCAACUGUUUCCCAGUGGGCACUUCCCUGUCGCGUUCACUUGUCCAAGAGGUGUCCGGCGGCAAAACCCAGCUUGCUGGCCUGAUAUCCAGUGUUAUCGUACUGCUGGUCUUGUUUCUUAUCGGUCCCUUUUUUUCAAGUUUGCCAAAGUGUUGUCUGGCUUCUAUCAUUGUGGUCGCUCUCGCUGGAAUGUUCCGCCAGCUCAAAGAUUUGAUUCUGCUGUGGCAGGUCUCUACCUAUGACUUUUUGAUAUGGACAGUCACCUUCCUAGCUGUCGUACUGCUGGGCGUGGACGUGGGCCUAGCCUUGGGCGUGGUCUUCUCACUGAUGACAGUCAUCAUACGCACGCAGCAGCCAUACUGUACCCUGAUGGGCCGCAUACCGGGCACCGACAUCUACCGGGACGUCAACUACUAUGAGGCGGCCGAGCAGAUCCCAGGCAUCAGGAUCUUCCGCUCCCACUCAUGUCUCUGCUUCGUCAAUGCCGAAUACUUCAAGAACAGUCUCUACUCCAAAGUCUUCAAGAAGAAGCGACACGGAGCCAACCCAGACAGAGACAAUGGGAACGUCGUAUCCAGUGAGGAACCUUCUCGUGCGGAUGAUGAAAGGACUCCCUCAUCCACUGAACCCUCCGAAACCGCAGGCCCAGCCGAGACCACAGCGGCCGUCCAGUCGCCCGUCCACACCAUCAUUCUGGACUGUGGCAUGUUCGGCUUCAUCGACACCGUGGGACUGAAGACGCUACACACCAUCAUUGCUUACUGUACAAAGCGGGACAUCCGGGUGGUGUUUGCUGGAAGCAAAGCUGCGCCAAGAAAUUCCAUACUGAAUUACUUUGAGCGUUGUCAAGAUCACAGUGUGGGCUUGGAUCACAUGUACCUGACUCUGCACGAUGCUGUCCUCCAUUCCCAGCACCUCCCAGCUUCACCGAACUCAGCAACCGAUCUUAGUUACCCAAACACUACACAAGUGACGACACAGACCAGUACUACAUCAGCAGUCAACCUACCUGUCGACCAAUCAGACACAUCGGUCUGACUUCAAACUGCCAAUCAGAGACAUCGGUCUGACAUCAGCCUACCAGUUAACCAAUCAGAGACAUCGGUCUGACAUCAACUUCCCAGUCAACCAAUCACAUCGGUCUGACAUAAAACUGCCAGUCGACCAAUCAGAGACAAUGGUCAGACAUCAGCCUUCCAGUUAACCAAUCAGAUACAUCGGUCUGACAUCAACCCACCAGACAACCAAUCAGAUUAGUCUGACAUAAACCUGCGAGUCGACCAAUCAGAGACAUCAGUCUGACAUCAGCCUACCAGUUAACCAAUCAGAUACAUCGGUCUGACAUCAACAUUCCAGUCAACCAAUUAGAGUCAUCGGUCUGACAUGACCCCACCAGUCAAUCAAUCCGAGACAUCAGUCUGACCUCAACCUACCAGUUAACCAAUCAGAGACAUCUAUCUGAAAUCAAUCUUCUAGUUGACCAAUCAGAGACAUUGGUCUGACAUCCCACCAGUCGACCAAUCAGAGACAUUGGUCUGACAACAGCCCACCAAUCAGAGACAUCGGUCUGACAUCACUCUAGCAGUUGACCAAUCAGAGACAUUGUCUAUCGGUCAACCAAUCAGAGACAUUGGUCUAACAUUGUACAUGUACCAAUCGACCAAUCAAAGACAGCAGUCUGGCAUGGGCUGUUAGAGCUCUGGAGAACACUCAAAAAGUUCCCAAAAAGCUGAGGACGAAAUGUAGUAUGCAAAUUUAUUGGGACAAAAUCAUCUAACAGAAUAAGUUUUUUAGUUUUUUCAUGCACAGCAUUUUACCUCAGUACAAGUUUCCUUUUAUAAGAUUUACCUUGCAUGUAAAGUAAAAAAGUUGACAGGGCUAGUAGUUGACAGGGCAAUUAUGUUUUAUUGGACAAGCAUUGAAUGAAGAAAAUACGCCUAGUUAAAACUAUAUUUGCAGGGUUUUCUAAAAAAAAGAAGGAGUGUUUUUACCAAAAUAGGAUGUAAAUUAUGUGUGAAAUUUGAAUGGAAUUUUCCUAAUAAUUGGAUGGUUUGCCCAAUACUAAAUGCUGCCAUAUAAUUGGAGUGUUUGCACAAUACUAAAUGCUGCCAUAGACCGAGAAUGAGGUCACCAAGUAUUAUCUUUUACCAGCAAAUCAUUUUAGGUACAUCUGACAUUGACGAUUUUAUAAAUCUGAUGUACUUUUUAUUAGUGCAGUCAUCCUCCAAGAGUGAUAAUGAAUAUAUUACAAACUACCUACCCAGCAAAUAAAAAAACGUUUGAAGUCAUUUGUAAUGAUAAUGAAAUGGUAAAUUACAAAGUACCAAGGUAACAGGGACAGGAAAAAUGUCAGACUUUGGACCAUAAGGUGCUUUGGAUCAGUACUUACAAAUUUUGAAUAACACUGUAUUUUAAUAACUUUAUACAUUUAAAAGAUAAUCGAAAAACGAAAAAUGAGUCAAUGAUUUAUUUUGUCUUGUUCAGUUUUCCUGUAUCUUGUCUGUAAUUUUGAGCAGUAAGUGAUUUCAUUAAAGAAGAAUUAUAAAAUUCUACCAAAAGUAACUGUGAUUUUGCUACUGAAAUUUUUUUUCUGCGAUUGGGAAUGGGGGAGGGGAGGGGUUAAGACAUUGCAUGAAAUUGUACAAAAACAGUUUCUUAAUUUUACAUGGCAUUUCCCCCCCCCCCCCUCCUUAAUUAAACUUCUUUCGGCAUUUAUCUGAUGGCUAAAUAGCUGGGGGGAAAAAAUGUUUUAUACCUUUUUGGUUUUUGCAUGAAUGUACAUGUAUGCUUUUUAUACUUGUGUAUGAAAAAAAAAAUUCUUUUGAAAACUAAAACUGGGAAAUUUUGCUUUGGUUUCAUGGACAUUGGUAACACUCUGUUGGUUUUGCUUUAAUGCCAGUUUUAUUCUGUAAGGUGCCAUAAAGAUGAAAUGAGAUGUGCAAACUCUGUAUGAAAUCAAGAAUUAGAAAUAACAGUUUCUAAAAGGAUACAAGAAGAAGAUUAGGCUUUGAUUUUAAUGUGUAUCAUUUUUUUUCAAUUCACUUUGUACUUUUGUUUGGAGUUUAAAAUGUAAUUUGUGAUCUUCAACAAUGUGUCUGGUUCUUCUUCAUUUAUUACAUAAGUGUGAUAAUUUGCAUGAAUUGUAUAACCAAUUCUCGCUUAAUAAUUUUACCCAGAAGUAAUAAGUUUGGAAAUAUCUUACUUGUUCAACGUUUGCUGUUGCUGUGGUUUGUGUAAUUUGCAAGAGAAAUGAUUUCGUCUGAACAUUGAUUUCGUCUGAACAUUACGUACUUAUUAAGAUGUAAAGUUCUCAACAAAAUGAUAUUUUGAUGGUCGAUAUAUUGUUUUCCCUGCCUAUUUCCUAAAAUGAUCAUUCACUUCUGAUAAUUGGUCAUUCAUUUUUGUCUGAAUUUGAGAAUCACUCUGAACACGCGUUUCAUUUUCGCUACCAGAGCGUUCGAUUCCAUUUCAGUUCAAUCAAUUAAGUGAUUGAGCAGCACCUUUCGUUUUAAAGUGCAUUCAGAUUCGUUUACAAGACUUCUCUUUCGCUUUUAGAGGGCUAUUUCAAACAUUCACCAUUCUAUUUCACUUUUAGUUUAAUGCCAUCGGCACCCAUGAGUUUCUAUUUCAUGAAGCAUCAAUCAAAUUGGCUGUACCUGAAAUCAAUUUAGAAAAGGUUUGCUGGCGUAAAUGAAGGUACAGGUAACGUAAUCGGCCGUCUGUUUCUCAAAACCGAAUGCACGGACAAAAGUCAGGACAUUGGCCGGGAAAACCUGUAUUAUUUUUUUUCACAAAAAAAUUCUAUGAAUUUCACAAUGGAUAAUGUUUGCAAUUGUACUUCUUUGAGGCCCCACAUCAGUUGCUGGACUGGAGAAGUAUUUGGCCUGUACAUUACUAGGCCUUGGGUUUUGCAAGCAAAGUUGGGAAGAGAAUAAAAAUGGACAAAUCA